AUGUGGCGCAAGAACAAUAACGUGCCUUUUCGCCUGGACAACCUGGACGAAGGUUGGAAGUGGGGUGCAGCUGGGUGGUCUAAAAUUGGGGCCGUCGAGGGGAGGGGGGAUUACAGGAUGCAGGACGCCACCUUUUGCAGCUGCUUCCAUGUGUUCAUGGCGCAAAUAAUCGCCGUCAUCAACAACAACAAAAACAAGAUGGCAGGACAGGAUCAGGACGACAAUUGGGUCUUGCGGAGGGGCAAACGGGGCUCUAAAGAUGAGUUGAGAGACGUUGACGCUGACGCCAUUAGCACCGAGUUUUGCAGCAUCAACGACAAACUUUAA